AUGUCGCUGUCCUGCGUCCCGCUCGAGCUCCUCGUCGACAUCCUCGCAUACGCGCUCGACGACACCCGCUCACCGAGCAACAUCUUGUGCGUCAACAGCACCUUUCACGCGGUCAGCGCCCCCCUCGUGCACUCCCACCUGCGCUUCACUUCCCUCCACCAACUCGUCCUCUUUUCCGAAUUCGUGUUUCGGCGAUGCCUCAAGCUCAAGUCUCCACCGUCCCCUGGCCAUCCUCCGACGUCCGACAGCCAUGCGCAAGUGCCGUUGGAUCUGCUCUCCCUGAGCUUGCAUUCGCACUCCAGCAAUCCGCAUCUUGACCACAUAUACAAGGCUCUCUCCCUAGCAAAUCCACGGACGUUCAUCUGGAAAGGCCCCGACCCAGAGCACCACUUCUCCAUCGCGAUCGUGCCCUGGGCGACGCACCACCUCAUCCGCGCGAUCGGCACCUGGGCCGCCGUGGAGCACAUCACGCUCACGAACCUCACCUUCCCCUCGGACGAGCUCGGGCUGCACACGCCCUGGACGCCCUCCGCGCCGCUCCUCCCCGUGCGCGCGCUCCCCCGCCUCCGCACCGUGCUCCUCGGCAAGGCGACGCUCCUGCCCCCUCCGCCGUCGCCGCGAUGCUCGUCUGCCCCGCGCCGCCGUCGUGGUGGGGGGACGGCGCUGGAGCGCAUCCGCCUCGUCGACACGUACCGCCACAGCAUCUGGGGCCCCCGCAUCCGCCUGCGCGACGUCGUGGACGCGCUCGACGCCGUCGGCGGGCUGACGGACGCGCAGCGGGACGCCGCGCGCGCGCGGGUCCAGCGCGUCGUCGUCUGCGAGAAGCGGACCGAGCGGAUCGAGGGCGGCGACAACGGCGACGACGUCGGGGUGCUGGGGUGA